AUGACGCAAUCUCUGGGUAUCGAACAGUACAAGCUUUCGGUCGUAUCCGGUGGUAAACCCACUUUGAACGAUUUCAGCUCGGUGACCGGUAACAAGAAUAUCGCACGUUUGUCGCACGACCAGCUGAACUAUAUCAUUCCUUUCAACAAUCAGAUCAAGGUGUACUCCGUGGAAACCAGGCAAUGUGUCAAGACACUGAAGUUCGCCAAUAACCCCGUGCUUUGCGGGAUCUUUUUGCAAGAACAAGAAGACAACGAGUCCAUAGUAAAGAUUUUAUUGGACGACAUAACUGCUCCUCAGCAGAAGAACGCACAUCUGAUCACCGUGUUUACCAAGAGCGGCCACGUCGUGGUUCUAAACUACAAGGGGAAACUAGUCGAGUCUCCCAAGCAUUUCAAAAUUUCUUUGGAAAACGAACAGCUCUCUAAUGUGUUCCACAGCAAAGGCACAUUCAGGAUCUUAACAACGUUCAAAGACGUCAAACAGAAAGCCCAAAACUCCUUGCAGUCCUACAGGCUGCACGGGUUAACUUUCGAUGAAUCCAAAGGACAGUUCGAUGUAACUUUCCAGGCCGAAUGGAGCAACGUCAUCUUGUCGAAUACCUCUUCUAAUGGGAAAUUGCUGGCAUUAAUGAAUAAAGACGUUUCAACAAAGGACCACGAACACAAAUCUAUCUCAGUCGUUUCGAUUUUCGAUGACUCUGUAACCUUGAGUUUCCCCCUCAGUUCCGUUCUUUCUUCACAGACUCAAUCCCUGUCUUCCAACACCAGAUACGUUUCUAGUAUGGCUAUAGACAACAUGGGCCAACAACUGGCUAUUGGGUUUGCCUCAGGGGUUAUAAGUAUCGUGAACCUGGCUGACUUGCAAAUAAGGUUGCUCAAAUGGCAUAUCGACUCUGUUCUUUCGCUGGCAUUCUCUCACGACGGAAGCUAUCUUUUGUCUGGUGGUUGGGAAAAAGUUAUGAGUUUAUGGCAACUGGCUACAAACUCCCAACAGUUUUUGCCCCGUUUGAACGGUAUCGUUAUCGAUUGUCAAGUCCUGGGUCCUCAAGGUAACUACUAUUCUUUGAUUUUACAAAUGACUGAAAACAAUUCAAAUUCGGAUUACCAGUUCUUGUUGUUGAGCGCUUCCGAUUUGUCCUCUAAGUUAUCGAUCAAUGGUCCCUUACCAGUGUUCAACACGACCAUAAAACACAUUCAACAACCAAUCUCCGCUGUCAAUACCAAGAACUCUAAUUCAAUCACCUCUAUUAACCACUCCAAGAAAAAGCAGUUGAGAAAACUAAUCAAAUCAAAAAGACAGGAUUUCACCACAAAUGUGGAAAUCAACCCCAUCAAUAAGAAUCUCUAUUUCCCACACAUUUCCGCUAUUCAAAUUUUUGACUUUUACAAAAAUGAGCAAAUUAACUAUCAAUACCUAACAUCAGGUGUCAACAAUUCUAUGGGUAAAGUCAGGUUUGAAUUAAACUUACAAGACCCAAUAAUAACUGAUUUGAAAUUCACCAAGGAUGGCCAAUGGAUGGUUACAUAUGAAAUUGAAUAUCCACCCAAUGAUCUUUUGUCAUCCAAGGACUUAACUCACAUCCUCAAGUUCUGGACCAAAAAUGAUAACGAGACAAACUGGAAUUUAAAAACAAAAGUGAUAAAUCCACAUGGGUCAAGUGUCCCUAUAACCAAUAUUUUACCUUCUCCAAGGUCAAUUAAUGGAGGUCAAGGCUGUCUAACGGCAGAUAACAACGGUGGGUUGAAAUUUUGGUCAUUUGACGCUCAUGAGGGCAACUGGUGCUUGAAGAAGAUCUCAUUACCAAACUUCAACCACUACAGUAAUUCUGUCUCAUUAGCUUGGUCGCAAGAUGGAUCUCUAGUAUUCCAUGGAUUCGAUGAUAAGUUGCAGAUCCUAGAUUUCGACACUUUUAAAAAGUUUGAGUCCUUAGACAACACAAAGACAAUCAGUGAAUUUACACUGGAUUCAGAAAUCCAAACCAUUAAAUUGAUCAAUGACACUAACUUAAUUGUCGCUACUAGAACAACACUUAAUGCUAUCAACUUACUGCAAGGUCAAAUCAUAAAUAGCUUUGACCUGUAUCCAUUUGUUAACGGCGUUUAUAAAAAUGGACAUCUAGAUAGAUUAAUCACUUGUGAUGAAAAAUCAGGUAACAUCGCAUUAGUAAUAAACCAACAAUUGACUAACCUCGAAGGUGUACCAACCACAAAUUAUAAGUCUCGUAUUAUCAUAUUUGAUUCCGAUUUAUCCACAAAAUUGGGUAAUUUUACACACCACGAAUAUAUAUCAUGGAUCGGUUGGAAUUAUGAUACUGAUUUCAUAUUUUUGGACAUAGAAUCUGCAUUAGGUGUCGUCGGAACCACUGUUAACACUCAGUUAUCCGAUGAAGUGAAUAAUGAAGGUAUUUUGGAUGGUCUAGUGAACAAUACUACCGCGACUUUAGCUUCCAACAAUGAUGUUUUUGCAGAGCAAUUGAAUCAAUUGUCAUCCAGAGGUAAAAGUGAAGCUAGUGAUAAAGAUGCUAAUGGUAAUGACGAAGACGAAGAAGACAUCACUUUAGAAUUUAUAAACGGUGAAAAGAAAGACAAACUGGUCAAUAUGAAUAGCUUCACAAGCAUGUUUGACAAUAUUCAAAAUGUGCAAAUGGAUACUUUUUUCGAUCGUGUAAUGAAAGUUAUUACAUAA